UUUCUGCUGCCACUCGCAUCGCAUACUUGUUUCGCAUUUUGCGCGUUACGUUGCCGUUGUUGCUUUUGCUAAUUGUAGUGAAUUGUUGUUGUUGGUGUUAUUGUGCGCUGCCGCCGUACAUGUUUAUUUAAUAAUUCGCAUGUUGGCAAAUGCUGUUUGCUGUAUUAUUUUUAGUUUGUUUUUAUUGCUUGUGGUGUGGCAGCGACGGCGCUUCUUGCUCAUAAUGAAGAAUUUUUAGUUGGCUGCGACGUCCGCUCAGCGUUCCGCUGCGUUCAGUUCUUUUCUAAACGGUGCGCGGUGUAAUUCUAAUUCGGUUGAGUAAUAGCUCAACUCGCAUCGCAUCUUUGUACUUUUUUGCCUACAAAGUGUGUAGAAUUUUAGAAAGUUAUUGAACUUAAAAAAAUAAAUAAGUAAAAACUGCAUUCAUAUCUAUGGACUAUUCAAGCGUAGCUGCAUCGCUGGAACCGGGAAGAUCUAAAAAUAAUUGCGACUAAGUAAAUGACAAGCUGAAUUCCAGCCAAUAAUUGUGCCUUACAAGUUUACUAAAAUUUUAUACAAGUCCAAGCAAACACGCAACAAAAGGAAGAAAACAAAAACAAAAAGAUUACAAACAAAAAAAAACUAAAAAAAAAUAUAUAUAUAUUAAUUUACAAAAUUCCCUUGAAUCAACAUGCGUUACAAAUAACGACAAAAAGGAGCAAAAACCAAAAAAAAUACAUCUACUCAUUAAAAUGUAUUGGCUGCAGCAGUGUAAAAAACUUACUGUGAGUUUGCAGUAAAAGUGUUGAAAAGUGCUUAGUAAAAAACACAUACAUAUGUACAUACACACCAAAUUUUCAAGAGCCCAUAACAAAUUUCCACAAAAAAUUUUAUUGACCAAAUUCAAAAAUUUAUUAUAAUCGGCAGUGCAAGUUAGAAACACAUACAUAUAAUAUUUAAAGUAAAGUUUCAAUUGGCUUACCAACACUCCCACACAUUAGAUUAUUACUAAUUGGAUUUUAUUGGAUUUAUAUCAAAACAAGUAAAAUUACAAAACCUACACACUGGCUUACAACAGCGACGAAACCACGGUGCAAGCAACCAUCUCACAGCUGGAUUACUACGCCUAUUGGCUGACAAACUGUUUGGGAAGAUACAACACUGACCAAGGAGCUAUGGACCAGCAAUUCUGUCUACGCUGGAACAAUCAUCCGACAAACUUAACUGGUGUGCUAACCUCGUUGCUGCAGCGAGAGGCACUCUGCGAUGUAACGCUGGCAUGCGACGGUGAGACAGUCAAGGCGCAUCAGACUAUUCUAUCAGCAUGCAGCCCAUAUUUCGAAACAAUUUUCCUACAAAACCGCCAUCCACAUCCUAUCAUCUACUUGAAAGAUGUCAGAUACUCAGAAAUGCGCUCACUGCUCGACUUCAUGUACAAAGGCGAAGUCAACGUCGGACAAAGUUCGCUGCCGAUGUUCCUCAAAACAGCCGAGAGUCUACAGGUGCGUGGUCUCACAGACAACAACAACCUCAACUAUCGUACGGAGCAUCGCGACUCACCCAUACCCUCGCCCACUGGCCGUACAACCUAUAGCAGCAGCGGUAUCGGCGGCGUCAGCGAAUGUGAAACACGUGAGCGUGAUCAACAGCUACGUGGCCGCGCCAGCGAGCGCGAUCUGCGCGACGAUAUGCAUUCACAUCGUAGCAGCAGUAGUCUGAGUGAACGUAAUGCGGCCGCAGCUGCCACUGCCGCCAGUGUGGGUAGUGUAAGUGCCAGUUUACAAUCCGCCGCAGCAGCUUUGGGUUUAGGUGAACGUUCACCGAUCACAGCGGCCGCAAUGGCAGCUGCUGUGGCGGCUGCAGCAACACGUAGCGCUAGCGCUGAUGCGCUAGGUGGCUCGACGCAUACAGGCUGCACUGGUAGUGGUAGUGGUGGGGGCGGUGGGGGUGGUGUCGGCAGUGGCAGCGGAGUGUUAAACAGUCGCAACAGUGAUGCGAAUAGUGAGCGCAGUGGCGGUGGUGCAGGCAAUGGAGGUAGCAGUGGUGGCGGCAGUAUUGGUCGUGAUCGUGCCGACAGUCGUGAUGAACUCAUGCAGCUAGACUAUAGUAACAAGGAUAACAGAGAUCGUGAUAGAGAGAUGUCCACCACGCCGGUGGAGCAUAUAGGUAGUAAUAAGCGAAGACGUAAGAACUCAUCCAACUGUGAUAAUUCGUUGACCUCGACACAUAACGCAAAUGUACAGGAUAGGCACUACACUCAGGAUUCUCAGGCAUCCUCACGCAGCAAUUUCAAAUCGAGUCCCGUGCCAAAAACCGGCAGCACGUCCGAAUCGGAGGACGCUAUUGUCACAGGUGUUGGCGAUCGACACGAAUCACCCCUCUCCGCCAGUCAAUUGAGCGGUAGCGGUGGCGUUCUGGGUGGCGUAGGUAGCGGUAGUGUUAGUGCGAUAUCCAGUAGUAUUGGUCUCAGUCAAGCGCUUAGUAUUAAACAAGAAUUAAUUGAAGCACAACAACAGCAACAACACCAACAGCAGCAACAGCUGCAGCAACAACAACGUGAGACUCAUGUACCUAUGCCAACUGAAUACUUGCCGCCUGGUGCUUUGAAGCUACACCCCGAAGAGAUGUCUCAAUUACUAUCCACACAUGGCCUGCAGCCAGAUGGUAGAGAGGAUCAGAAUGAUGGCAAACAACUAACACUGGAUCAAUCGGACAACAUUGAUGGUGAUGAUGAUGAUGAUGAUGAUGGUGUUGGUGGCAGAGACAUGCGCGAUGACGAUAAUGCAAACGAUGAUGUUGUUAAUGACAGAGAAGGCGGCGAUGUCGGCAAUGCCAAUGAUGAUUAUAUAGAUACCGAUGAUGGUGAGGAUGACGUACUGGCUGGUGCUGACGUACGCCGCCGCAUUGUGUACCAUCACAAUCGAAGGCAUGCGAUUCGAGCAACUGGGGCCUUGGAAAAUCGGCAUCAUGUUGCCGAUAACAUUAAUUCGGUUAACGAAAAUCGUUCGCACGAUCUAUGCGGCGAAGCGGAUUAUGACUACGACAAUGAUUGCCAUAGCGAUUGCGAUCAUAAAAUUUUGGACAGCGACUAUAAAUGUCACUACAAGCGGUGCAAGCAAGAGGCGGCAAUGCGCACUCAACAGGCACACCCACAGUUGCAACAGCAACAUUUGCAUGCGCAACACUAUCACCAACAACAUGCUGCUGAGAUAAUGUUGCACGCGCGCAACGGUCCGUUGAAUGAUGUCAUUAGUCUCACAACGGCAGCUGCGGCGCCUCCACCCCCACCCCUGCCAGCGGCACCCGCACAAUUGGCAGUCGCACACCGUCACUUGCAUCCACAAACCGUUAUAAAUCUUGGGCGCUGCAGCAGCGCUCUGGAUGCGCUUUGCUCCGUAGAAGCCGCUGCUGCAGCGGCCGUUGCUGCGCUCUCACCAGCCUCCUCGAAUGCCUCAACAGCAUCCGCAACGCUUCAUCACCAACAACAAUUGGCAUAUGCACAGCAGCAACAUGCUGCUGCAGCCAACUAUCAACAGCAACAACAUAACCACCACCAACACCAACAGCAGCAGCAAACUUUGGCAGCAGCUGCCAACUUAGUGCAACACCAUCAUUUGCAACAGCACCAACAACUACAACAACCGCAACAACAACAUGCGCCUCACUUCCACACCACGCCACGAAGUGCUAGCACGCCGCCUAGCCACAACAACAACGUACAACUGCAACUCGUUGCAGCGGCGAAUGCCAACUCACCCAACGCCACCAACACCCCGACUUCGGCGGGUGCAUCAGCAGCAGCAGCAGCAGCAGCGGCGGCGGCGGCGGCAGCAGCAGCUGCUGCUGCUAAUCGUCGCGAUCACAACAUCGACUACUCAACGCUUUUCGUGCAAUUGUCCGGCACGCUGCCCACGCUGUAUCGCUGCGUCAGCUGCAAUAAGAUAGUGUCGAACCGUUGGCAUCACGCCAACAUACAUCGGCCUCAGAGUCAUGAGUGUCCUGUCUGCGGGCAAAAGUUUACGCGUCGAGACAAUAUGAAAGCCCAUUGUAAAAUAAAACACGCAGAUAUAAAAGAUCGUUUCUUCAGUCAUUAUGUACAUAUGUGAUCAAUUCUUUAUGUGGUUAAAUAAAUAGUUAAAAUUAAUCACUCGCUCCUCGAGCCACUUACCCACACACACACACACACACACACACAGACACACACACAGGGGCACAGUUCUUCCAUUAGACCGAAUUCACUUAAAAUAGUAUUUAUUUCCACUCUAUAUUCUUCAAGCUUAUGUAGGUACAAAGUGUCUCACUAUUACGGUUGGCAACUCUAUGCCCAGCAUACUUCUACGCGAUUGUCGUGAAUGUUGUGAAGAAACGACGAAUCUUCGAGUCAGGUCACAUUUAAACAUUAAAUAAAUAUAAAUUGUUGCAUACUUUUGAGUGCUACAACAAAACUGAAGAUUAAUUCUGUAGAACAGAGGUUAUCAUUGGGCUUUAGCUUGAAAACAUAAAAAUUGUCCAACACACUUACAUAAUGGUUUUAAUCUUUUAAACACCAAAAAUCGGCAGACUAACGGCCCUGUUCCUUACAUCAAAGACAAAUGUUAUUCCAUGACUAUUUAAGUUACUACUGCGCCUAAAACUAUGCCGCAUAAACUUGAUUGAAGCGCUAUAAUCAGACAGCCGGUCGAAAAUUUGUUUUGCAAUUGUUUUUUUGGUCUAUUUUAAAAUAUAGAUAUUUUUAGUUUCGUCCUUAAAAUGGAGAAU